CUCGCACUUCUGGUGGCUCGGGUGAGGGGGGGGACGAGCAGAAAUAAGGGAAAGUAUCAAAUAUUGAAUCGUUAAGCCGGGAUCCCUCGUGAGCAGUCAGGAAUACACGCGAGAGCCACAACACACCGUGCUGUACACACCUGAGAUGCACGCGCAGGAGACAAGCCGCUGCUGUGAAAUCAUUUUUUGUGUGAAGACGUGUUGCGGGCCGCCAUUUUUUUGCUGUGCUGCCUCAAAAGUCUGCUCCGACUCGAGAAAGGGGAUUCAAAAACGCAUUUCCAUGACGCGUGCCUUACCGUAAGAACAAGAAGAUACAAAGUAAUCAUUUUGUUUCCGACGCGCGGCUACUGGCGACAUUUUGCCGACAUGAGGAUUUAUCAGAUGAAAAACUGAGGCCACCUUUUCCGUUCUCUUAACUGACACUGACUGGAUGAGAUAAAUUAUUAGAAGAGAAGCCUGCUGUUUUCUCGGAAGGCGGAACGAAAAAGGGAAGCUUCAUUGAUCAUUUGUUGCUUCGCCCUCCGUCGAUGUUUGUCUGCCCUAAGUUUUUAGUUUUUCUAUUUUGGCCGCUCAAACAAUCACUCAGCCAUUGACUGCUGAACACAGGAACCACAUUAUGUUCCAAAGUUGGAUCAAGCCAGUCGCAGCCUGCCUCUGAAAACGUCAGGUUGUUUUUGUUUUUUUGUCUUUUUCUUCUUCUUUUUUUAAUCGGAGGUCUCUGGAGCCUGCAGCGUUUGUGCAGAAAACACUCGAAAACCUCUCAGGGCGACGAAUGCCCUGCCCUGCAUCUUCCAAAUCCUCACAUUUGCUGUGAUUGGCCUAUUCCAACCACGCAUACACGUUUUAACUUAUUGUCUAGCCUAUUUUGUAAUCGUUUUUUCUUAUUUGUAGAUUGAUAUUAACUUAUUUUUGAACAGAAAUGUCAACUGCUCGGUUUGAUUCAGCUGAUCGGUCCGCCUGGUAUUUUGGACCCGUGUCACGACAAGAGGCACAGAAUAGGUUACAAGGACAGAGACAUGGCAUGUUUCUUGUUCGAGACUCGUCGACCUGCCCCGGCGACUACGUGCUGUCGGUAUCUGAAAACUCCAAAGUGUCUCAUUAUAUUAUCAACUCUUUGCCCAGCAAGAGGUUUAAGAUUGGCGACCAAGAAUUUGAUCACCUCCCUGCUCUCCUGGAGUUCUACAAAAUCCACUACCUGGAUACGACCACGCUGAUAGAGCCAGCCCCCAGGUACCCAAGCUCAGUGGUCGCUCCCAUCCAGCCCAUGGAGGAGAACCUGGAGUACCCAAGCUCGGUGGUCGCUCCCAUCCAGCCCAUGGAGGAGAACCUGGAGUAUGUGCGGACUCUAUAUGACUUCACUGGCAGCGAUGCAGAGGACCUUCCCUUCAAGAAGGGGGAGAUCCUUAUCAUUCUGGAGAAGCCAGAGGAGCAGUGGUGGAGCGCCAAGAGUAAAGAGGGGCGUGUCGGGAUGAUCCCUGUGCCCUACGUGGAGAAAUUGGUACGACCCUCACCUCAUCCUGGCCAGCCUUCCCAUGGUUCUCGCAACUCCAACAGCUAUGGGAUCCCCGAGCCCUCCCAUGCCCUCGUCCACGCCUACGCCCAGCCCCAGACACCAUCGCCAUUGCCCCCUGGCACACCUGGAGCAGUUAUCACCCCUCUACCGUCCAUGCAGAACGGGCCCGUCAUGGCAAAGGCCAUCCAGAAACGAGUGCCAUGCGCCUAUGAUAAAACAGCUCUUGCUUUAGAGGUUGGGGACAUCGUCAAGGUUACACGGAUGAACAUCAGCGGUCAGUGGGAGGGAGAGGUGAACGGACGGAGGGGUCUCUUCCCAUUCACCCACGUCAAAAUCAUAGACCCCCAGAAUCCGGACGAGAGUGACUGACCCAAGAGUUCUACUGGACCCUCUCGCCAGUACCGACCUGCACCUGAAUCUGCUGGCUGUGUCCACCUUUCCCGCCAGUGUCACCACGGUUACGUGCUUGCCUGCUUGGGGCUGUACCAUGAUAGCGACCCCUCUGUUGUUGCCAACCGUUGCAAGGCUUUCUGAGUGUUUACAGCUUUGGACAUUGGAUCCAAACUAAAAACCUGACCCCACUUCUCCCAGUUCCCCUUUCCUAUGACUUGGUUCCAGGCUGGGCAGUGUUUUUUGCAUUAGUGUCCUUUUCAUUUCCAGAUCACUGGGCAUCAGUGUGAGUGUGUAUGUCUGUGUGUAUGUAUAAGUGCAUGUGUGUGUGUGGGUGGGUGUGUGAGUUCACAAUAGAUAUUUACCACAUUGCAUCACAACAGGUCUGUUUUUUAUUUGAAUUUUCUGAAUAUGUGUUAUGUUUGAAGUCUUGGGGACUUUAGAAAGUGUUGGUGUGUGUUUGUUUUGUUGAUGUGAGGAUAUUUGUACGACGUAGGGAACAGCAAUAUCCCUAUGGACUUGGGAGAGCACUGAGGCAAUGAGGAGCUAACCAGCCAGUCAAAUGUUAUUUCUCCAAACAAUCAAGGCACUGUUGUACCUUAACCAUCUCACAAGCACACACAUGUACACACAUAUUGGCCAUGGGUUAUUCAGGUUGACAGGUUUUUUUGAUGUGCAUGUGAUGUGUGACUGGAGUCAGGAGGAAGCGAGAUAGAUGGGUUUGUGAAGGAUCUAGGUUGUACAGAUCCCACGAUCCCAUCCCCUCUUCAACCUGGCACAAGUCUGGCUGACAAGACGUAUUUAUCUUUUGUUAAUAAGACAUGACACGGCCAUAUGUGAUUUCAUCUUUUUCUUAAUUGUGCCACAUGAUCAACAUUUGUUUUUGUUUUUUUUAAUUUGGAGUAGAUGUAUGGUAGAGGGGUAACUUUGCAUGUCCACUUGGUACCUCUCUUUACUGUCCUUCACAUUAUUUUGAACUAAAAGGACAUUGCUUAGAGAUUAGCAGGUUUUUAGUGCCAACAGCACCAAGCACUAGAAGAUAUAUUUCAAUUUUCUGCAUAGGAGUGCCAAGCUUUGAACAGAUUUUCAGAAGUCAAGUAGCAAACGGCAGUAGCUCUGGCCAGCACUUCCCACAAGCAUCAAACUACAAAGCUAGCUAAAAACAAACAAAACGCAUCGUCACGGCGUGGGCACGAGGACUAAAGGCUUUCCACUGAGGUGAGAAACUCUGCUUUCAGUGGCAUAGGUCAGGGAAGGAGGGAAUGUUUCAGCAAGCCAAUGAGAAUCCCAUCAAUGCCUUUUUCAGAGAGUAAGAUAAAUGCAUCUUUUAGCGCAUGCAAUCCCCUCUCUAAACUUGUUUUUAAUACAAUGUUACUCCUGUCGAUUUAAGAUUUCAACCAGCUUUAUUCCAUAAACAUUCGGUCAGUGCACAAUUAUUGUCUCUCUUUAUGCAAACAGGCUCUAUCAGAGUAGUGGAAAGCAUCUUUGUUCCUACUGUGCUGCAGCCAAUUUGACCAGUAGGAGCCAAGGAUCUAACAGUUGUGCAGACGGUGCCGACCUCUCCAUUUCUGCUGUAAAAAAUGAACCAUUUCACCCCCAUCUCUCCUCCUAACUAGUGCUUUCCGUUCGAAUCAAUGCUCAGCCGUUCACUCAGAGUAAUAUUGUGCAGCUUUUAGUUGUACCCAUUUCUUAUUUUUUAUUUUGUCAGAUUAUAGUCAGCUAUUAAAUCAAGCAUUUUGUUAAAAUGAGUGAUGUUAUUAAACUAAAGUACCUACAGUGACAUUUACAAAAGGGAAAAAUGCCUGCUGGUUGCCUCUGUGCAUGACCUCUUGGCCGGGGAGAUGGUUCUACCUGGCCAAAUGCUGCUUAAUGUCAUUUAUUUCCUUAAUAAAUAAAAAAAGUUUCUCUUAUUUUAAUCCCUCUUGGUCUGCAAACAAGCCAGUGAGGGCUUUCCUCAUCCAACAUAAUGAAAUCUACUAAUUAAGCAAUACACCCUGAUUCUUUCCUUUCUUGAGGUGAACUUGCUUUUCUCAUGCUUCUGAGUUGUUUUGUAAUGGCAUUAACAGUAUUACUGUGCUCUCUUCUCAUAUUCUAGGAAAG